CACCACCUCUCUGUGCAACCUGUGCAGUGCCUCACCGCCCUUAGUGUUUAAACUUCUUCCUUAUAUCCAGUCUAAAUCUCCCCUCUUUUAGUUUGAAACCGUUUCUCUUUGUGCUAUCACACAGACCCUGCUGCAGAGCCUGUCCUCUUCCUUACAGCCUGUGAGGUUCUCCUGGGCCCACUGCUCGGCUCUGCAGGUCCCUCGGAUGGCAUCCCAUCCCUUGGGUGUGUCUGUUGCACCGCACAGCUCGGUGUCACCCGCACACUGCUGAGGGUGCACUCGAUGCACUGCCGAUGUCACUGAUGGAGAUGGGAAAGAGCACAGGUCCCAGCACUGAGCCCUGAGGGACAGCAUUGUCACCCAUCUCCAUCCGGACAUGGAGCCGCUGACCACCACUCUCUGGGUACCAUCUCACAACCAGUGCCUCAUCCACUGAACAGUCCCACCCAUCAAAUCCAUACCAUUCGGAUUUGGAGAGAAGGGCGUUAUGGGGGACCAUGUUGAAGGCCACACUGAAGUCUAGAGGGAUAACACCCGCAGCUCUUCCCUCAUCCACGGCCGCAGUGAAGCCAUUGCAGAAGACCAUGGGUAGGCCAGACAGGCGCUGCCGUUGGUGAAGCUGUGCUGGCUGUCCCAUGCCACCCUCUCUUCCAUGUGCCAUAGCACAGCUUCCAGGAGGAGCUGCUCCAAACCAAGUCCUUUGGAGCAUUAAAGCCGCGUUGUUCCGCCUGGGGGUGUCAGCACACUGCUAUCCUGCCCAGAGCUCACGGUGACAGCAUAGACACAGAAAGGGACGCAGAUAAAGAGGGGAAGGGAUGGAGUUCUGGUGCCCAUGUUGGGCUCCAUAGCACUGCAUGGCUCAGUGUGGGGUGGGUGGAAUGCCCAGCAGCCUCAAUGUUGCUAACGGUGGUGGCAGCCACCCACAGAAACCAUCGGGUGUCCCCCGAAGGAACAUAUCCAGGAGGGAGGGAUGGGGCCAAGCUGGAAGUGAUGGGUGUGAUGGCAAUCUGUGAAAUCCCAUCUGGUAAGGGGCGGAGGGAACAGAUGUGCAAUCUGAUGUGUGAGCACUGCGUGAACUGACGGAAGAGCUGGGCUGUGUCCUGCAGCCGGGUGUCCCCCUGAUCUGCACAGCAGCACUGAUAAGGUCGGGCCCCACCACUCUGCAGAGGAGGGGACUGUGUUUGUGCCAUUUGUGGCAGAUGUCUCCACGAGUCUCUGCAUCUUUGUGCUUAGCUGCUAUCUUUCUGUGGACAGUGCUUGCUGAUUGUUUUCACAAAGAUCUCUUUUGACCAGAAAUGACACGGGAAGAACUCACUGGCUCACCAAGGCCCGGUUUUUGCCUUGUUUUGUGCUAGUUUUUCUACAUCUUUCCCUGUUUGAGCCGUUCGGGACCAGUGGGGGGGAGCGAGGCCCCUCUCAGAGGUAGAGGACUACAUUUCCCAGCAUGCACCGGCGAGGCGGCCAACGCGUUCUCUAGCGGUUGCGCGCCGGGAAAUGCAGUUCCGAGACCAGAUCGAUGAAGCUACCCUCUCCCCAUUGGACAGCUGGCCUGCCAAUCAGUGAGGAGUUGGCUCCUCCCUCCACUCCGAUUGGUCAGAGGCGGGGCAGGAGGAGGGGAAAAGCCCUUCCCCUCCCCGCGCUGCUCCGAGGCGGCUUCUGAUUGGCGGAGAGGCGGUUUGGCGCCAGCGACGGGUGGCGGUCGGGGUCAAAGCGGCGCGGGCCGUGCUGACAGGAGGACGAGAGCGCUGCGUUCGCUUCGGUGCAGCUCGGCCCCAUGGAUCCCACACCGGCCGCCUCCUACCGCCGCCGCCUCCUGCACCUUUCUCCGGCUUCCCCCGCCGCCGUGGUGAAGUCUCUCUUUCCCGCCGAGCUCUCGCCGGUCUCAGAUCUUCGCCUCACCAUGGAGCAGCUGGGACACGGUCAGCAUGAAAACACCGAGCAAGAUUUGGGAAACAAGAACGCGAACGGUUUGCAAAGAUCAGCGUCAUCAGAAUCAACAGACUCAGGUUGUGCCUUGGAUUCUCCUGGUACUCCGACCCCUGGUGACAUCAGAGAGGAAACGUACGUAAGCAGGUUUGAGAAGGCAAUUCUUGCAUCUAGCAGACUGAACCUUCGACUGCCUCUCAGAAGAAUACAUUCACUGCCACAAAGGCUCCUGGGCUCCAGUCCCGCCCUGAAGAGAAGCCAUUCGGAUUCCCUGGACUGUAAUGCCUUUCAGCUCCUAGAACAGAAUGAGAAUAAGGAGAAUGAAUCGUUUGAGUUCAAGAAGCCAAGCAAGCCAGCUUCUCGUAGUUCUGCGCACGUCCAUUCCCACGAUGGAAGAAGUGUUCUUGGACAAAGGCAGAACUCUGCCCCGGCUCAGGGGUUUCCCACUCCAGAAGUGCCCGCGGGCGAACCAGAAAACCACAGGGCAGCUUUCCUGCAGCAGUGUUCUCUGACUUCCUCUGAAAGUGAAGACGAUGAUGGAUUCCUGGAGCUCUUGGAUGAGCAAGACCUGAAAAAUGAUGAGGAGAUGCCAUCGGACGUGGCGAGCCUCUGGACCGCGCCGCUGGUCACCAGGAGGGCGGACACAAGGGCCAGACGAUGCCGCCUCUUUGGCUCUUCGUCUCUGCCCAGCGCUGCAGGCAGAACCACACAGAAAAGAAUGGAGAGGUCCCAAGAAGAGAGUUCUCCAGGGAAGAGCAAGAAGAGGAAAAGCCUGCCUGGAGCAGCCUCUGGGGACUCAGCGAACACAAAAAUAGUGAAGACACAAUCCUCUGCGGCAGAAAUCGAGAGCAUUUUGGACAGUGACCACAGGGAUCUUAUUGGUGACUUCUCAAAGGGAUAUUUGUUCCACACUGUUGAUGGGAAGCAUCAAGACUUAAAAUACAUUGACUCAGAAAUGAUUGUGUCUGUCCUGACCGGGAAGUUUGCAAGCUUCAUCAAGGAGUGUGUGAUCAUUGACUGCCGCUAUCCAUACGAGUAUGAAGGAGGACACAUCAAGGGGGCUGUCAACCUCCACAUGGAGGAGGACGUGGAAGACUUCCUGCUGAAGAACCCGAUCCCACCCUCCAAGAACAAACGGGUGAUCAUUGUGUUCCACUGCGAGUUCUCCUCGGAGCGGGGGCCCAGGAUGUGCCGGUUUGUGAGGGAGCGGGACAGGCUGGGGAAUGAGUACCCCAACCUGCACUACCCAGAGCUGUACGUCCUCAAGGGGGGGUACAGGGACUUCUUCCUGCGAUGCCGGAGCUUCUGUGAGCCCCAGAGCUACCGCCCCAUGCACCACGAGGACUUCAAGGAAGACUUGAAAAGAUUUCGCACCAAGAGCCGGACCUGGGCCGGUGAGAGGAGCAAACGGGAGCUGUACAGUCGCUUGAAGAAACUCUAAGGGCCAAAAAAAAAGAAUGAACAAAGACUGCACCCCGUGGCGAGGGGGGGGAGAAGCUGCAGCCUGCUCCUUGCCGGAGGUUUUCUGGUGCCUGCUCACGUCUCUUGUCCUCUUGGGAACACUGCGGUCACCGCUGGAACCCAGCGAGCUGGGAGCUGGCUCCUGGGGGCAGUCUGCUGCUGCUCCGUGGGGGUGGCUUUGCAUGUCACCACGUCCCCCAGCGACCCCCGGGGGGUGGAGGACACUGUGGUGCUGUGUGCAUGGGGCUCGGCUGGUGCGAGCAGUGAGGGUCUUUUAGUGCCUGGUAGCUUUUUUAAAUGCCUUAUUUUAAUUUAAAUACAGUCGAACCAAGCGUGAGGGUGCUGCAGUUGAAUCAUCUGGGUUGUGCUGGAGGCUCGGUUCUGCUGGAGGGGGGAGGGGGGGGUUCAUUAUUUUCUCAGCUUUGGGUUUUGGUGAAGUGAGGUGAGGAAAUGGUUCUUUACGGUCGGGGCUUCCACGUCGCUGAGCUCCCAUGUGGCACCACGAGCCCUGUGGGCAGAACCCUGUGGGGGAAUGGUGUGUUCUGUGUCCAUACCGUGUUCUCCUUUACUGAGUUGCUUUAUUUUGUAGCAGCUUGAAUGUAGCUGCUGUUCUGAGGAAGGUGGUGGCUCAGAGCAGGCAGUUUCCGGGCCCUGAUGUUCAUUCUGCUGGCAUGGUGUGUGUGUGUGGGGGGGGGGGGGCAGGAGCUGUGUUCCCACAGCUGCAGCUCGGUGUGGAGGAAACGCUUGGAUCCCUCGGUGCUGCCCUGGAGCUGCUCCUGCUGCCCUGCCUUCAGCUUCAGCCGGAUCUCAAGCAGCAAAGCCUGUCCUGCUGGGAAAUGGGAACCCUGGAGGGAGGAGUUGUUCCUGCUGUGCCUGCAGCAGAGCCCACCUGAAGCAGGACUCGUGGUUCCACGGUGCAGCAGGGCCAGUACUAAAGCUGUGCUGCUGCUGCUUGUGUCACGUAGGAGCCCCUGACAGCUUAACUGUAGCUCAGUGACAUCAGGGCAGGGCUGCCACUUUGCACUGCCUGGAGCUCCUCCUCGCUGCCCAUGCAGUGCCCCAGCAGCGCAGCCCUGCAGCUCCGUGCUCCCUGCACCAACCUCAGUGCCCUGCUCCGUGCCAGCUGCUCUUGUGGGCCCUUGUGCAAAGGAAAUUCUGGAAGUGGUGUCUCAGGUGGAGCUCAGGCUUUAUUUUGUGUGGUUUUUUUUUUUCUUUUAAACUGUCGUUCAUCCCCUGGAGAACAGGAAGGCCAAGCUCUGAACACUGACUUUCUCAUUCUUAAAGAUAAGAACUGCACCAGCUCGGCUCUGAGCGGGCAGCACCCUCAGCUGGAGGGGCUGGGGCCGCAUGCAGUGUGCUGGGAUGCGUGGGUCCAGCACCACGCCCGCUGUCUCACUGUGGAUGGAAAGAAUGGAAACCAAUUGUUCCCUCUGCGUGAACUUGGGCUUCGCAAAAAGAAAAAGCUGGAGCUGUGCUUGAGGGGUGAUGCUCUUCUCUGACGUCACUUCUUGGCUGUUUCUGGGGCUGAGAGCAUUCCGCUCUGUGCCUGCGGCGUGGUGCUUUGCGCGGGUGUCUCUACCUCAGCUCCUCCUGUGCUUGCUGCCGGGCAGGAGCUCGCUGUGGGGUGUUGUUGCUGCUCUCAUCCUCCUGCCCGGCUCGCAGCGUGCUCCUGCCUUUGUCCCCGCUGUGCUGUGUGUGCUGGGAGGCCCGGGGCUGUGGAGGAGAAAGCUGCGGGUCCCGAUGGGGGCUGUGCUACGUCAGCCUGCAGCUGUAACAAGCAUCUGCCGGUGUAGGGAAUAAAGAAGUCCUUAAACUCC